AACAUCAAACAAACCGGAUGUGCGCGCGGACAGUUUGCCGCCUUCUGUCUCAUCCUCGAGACGUCUCCUCGCGGAAGUGAAGCGGUUCAAAGUCGCUCAGCUGUUUGUCGGUAACAUCGGUAACAUCGGUAACAUGUCUCCACCGGAGCCGCGACAGACCUUCAGGAGCCCGAUGAUCCCGUUCUCCGGGACGAUCCAGGGCGGGUUGCUGCCGGGGGAGAUGGUUCUGAUUAAAGGCUCGGUGCCAUCGGACUCGGACAGGUUCCAGGUGGACUUCACGUGCGGCAGCAGCGUGAAGCCGAGAGCCGACGUGGCGUUUCACUUCAACCCGAGGUUCAAACGCUCGCCGUGCGUCGUCUGCAACACGCUGCGGGACGAGCGCUGGGGCCGCGAGGAGAUCCUGUACCAGCUGCCGCUCGCUGCCGGAGCGCCGUUUGAGAUCAUCGUCCUCGUCCUGGAAGACAAGUUUAAGGUGGCAGUGAACGGAGCUCACCUGUUGGAGUACAAACACCGAGUGGAGCUCGAGCGAGUCGACACGCUGUCCAUAUCCGGAAAAGUCCAAGUGGAAGCUAUCGGAGUGCUGCCGAGAGCCACUUCAGUCUCUCCUGCAGCCAGUCUGAACAGUCUGCAGUCAGAGAUCAAACCAAUAACAGGUGAGCAGAGCGUUCCCUUCAGAGGUGAGCUGGUUAAAGGUCUGAGUGUCGGACGCAGUAUCGCUGUUAAAGUGGAAACUACUGAGCAGGCACAAAGCUUCUGUGUGAAUCUUCGAGUUUCCGGCAGCAGCGACAUCGCUCUUCAUCUGAACCCUCGUCUGAAAAAAGGCGUCUUCGUCAGGAACUCCUUCCUGUCCGAGUGUUGGGGCCCCGAGGAGAGGAAGUUGUCCUCGUUCCCGUUCAGGGGAGGACAGUACUACGAGAUCAUCGUCCUCUGCGACCCUCAGCACUUCAAAGUCGCUGUUAAUGGGAUUCACCAGCUGGACUACAAGUACCGGGUCCAGGACCUGAGCCGGAUCACACAGGUGGAGGUGCUGGGAGAUGUCACGCUGGUGAACGUGGAGAUCCUCUGAACUCUGAGACUUCACUAACAUGUAAUGAAGGAUGAGCACGCCAUGAAAACCAAUCUUUACUAACUCUGCAUGAAACAGAGUGCAUGAUGGGUGUGUUUACUCAUUUACAUAUUUGAACAAACCUCGUUCAAACAUCGCAGAAACACGUUGAUGCAACAUUAAACUAACGAUCGAAGAACGUUUCUGUGCAUCAAAAAUCUGAAAAAAAUCGUCUCACAGACUGACUCCAGCAAUCCACCCCAAAGUAAUAUAUUACUUUUAAAGUAAUCUAGUUAUUCCAAUCUUUUUUUCACUUUUUUUUUUUUUUUGAUUUUUGGAGUCAGAACCGGGGCGGUCCACUCGACCAGCUGAAGCUCCAGGAUGCUAACAUUGAUUUCCUGAUCCACCUUGUUGAUUGUGAGCUGCUGUGGAUCAAUAAAGUUGAUCUGAAUUGUUUCUUUGUUUGAUUCUUUUCCCAUCAUCAUCAUCAGAAUCAUUUCCAUACUGUUUAAACAUUGAUCAAUUCAAUUUGCUUGUUACCUGUUGAAGAAGCCAAUGUUACAUUUUUUCAUUUAAUUAUUUUCGAAAGUAAUCUGAGUAAAUUCAAAAAGUGUUUCCACUGAACUCUGAGGAAAACUUUUUAUUUAAAGUUCCUGUGUGACGUCACCGUGAAGAAACAGACGACGACGAUGGUGAUGAACGUGAUGACACCGGUGGUGACAAUGACGACGUGAAGUGAAAAGUAAUAGUUUACUUUUUAAAGUAAUAGAUUACUUUAAAAAAUAUUUCGAAAAAAGUGAAAAAAUAAAUGAAAAAUGAAAUAAAAUCUUUUCCACUGA